AUGGGGCCUGAUACAUCUCUUGAUUAUGCUGUGUUUCAACUGUCGCCGAGGCACUCACGAUGUGAGCUGUUUGUAUCGAGGAAUGGGACGACAGAGAAGCUUGCUUCAGGACUUGUUAAGCCAUUUGUGACUCAUUUGAAGGUUGCAGAAGAGCAGGUUGCACAUGCAGUUAAUUCGAUUAAACUUGAAGCUGGAAAUCACAGAAAUGCUGAGACUUGGUUCACCAAAGGAACACUGGAGAGGUUUGUGCGGUUUGUCAGCACACCUGAGGUUUUGGAGAUGGUGAACACAUUUGAUGCUGAGAUGUCGCAAUUGGAAGGAGCUCGAAAAAUAUAUUCUCAGGGGGGUGGAGGCCAAGUGUCUAGUUCAGGUGAGGGUGGUACAGGUUCCGUGGAAGGAGCUGAUGCAACAAAGAAAGAGCUUUUGAGGGCAAUAGAUGUUCGGCUGAGCGCGGUUAGGCAGGAUUUAGUUACAGCCUGUUCUCGUGCUUCAGCUGCUGGCUUCAACCCUGAGACUAUAUUGGAACUCCAGCUCUUUGCAGAUUGCUUUGGGGCCUAUCGUCUUAACGAAGCUUGUACACAAUAUAUCUCACUGUGCCAGAGACGAGUGGAUUUGAUCAAUCAGUUGAAGCCACGUGUCGAGGAUCAAGCUGUCCGGUCAUCAUGGGGAUCAGACAUGUCCAUUGAUGAUUCCAAUGAUGAUCCAAGUGGGUCCCAUCAACCCUCUUUCCAAGGCAAACACCUUGCAGGACAAGAGCAAAGAAGCCUGGACACAACUAUCCGAUCUCAAGCUAGACAACAGACGUCUUCUUCCUCCCUUCCUGUACAGCAUCAGAAAGAGAAGGAAGAAGAGAAGAAGGAAGGAGCCAUUCCUGAGUCAUCACCUGGACUACCAAGCCAACCUUCCAGGCGACUAAGCGUUCAAGACCGGAUUAGCCUGUUUGAGAACAAGCAGAAGGAAAACUCUGGUGGCAAGUCAAUAUCUGUUGGGAAAUCUGCUGAGUUAAGGAGAUUAUCCUCUGAUGUGUCCUCUGCACCUGCGGCUGAAAAGGCUGUGCUGAAGAGAUGGAGUGGAGCUAGUGAUAUGAGCAUAGAUACAGGCAAUGACAGAAAAGAUGGUAACAACACGGAUAGCCCAUUGUGCAUACCCUCUUCAUCAUCUGCUGCAUCCCUAGCCAAAGCUACCGUCUUUCCUUUCUCCUCCGAGGAUAAUAGCAAGGACCUGAAAGAUUUACACGAUCCUAUUUCUGCUUCUGAAUUGAAAGAUCAGGGUGAGUUGCAGACAAUUAGUGUUGGAGGGAAGGGCCAUGAGUUGGAGUUGAAGGAUAAUAAAGUUAACUGGAAUCAUCAAGGGGGGCCUCAGUCUGGGGCGGAGAAUAACAGUUUUCGGGAGGAGAGAUCAGGGGCCACAUUCGGUAGGGCAGACAGAUUUGGUGGAGAUAAAGAUCAUGUGGUGAUUGAAGGCAAGCCAAAUCAUUCGCGGCUUAGGGUGCCAGAUAGUGAAUUUGGGAAGAGAGUUGAAGACACCGAGGCAAAAGAUCAUCUCCCAAAUCAUUCACGGCCUAAGAGUCAUGGUAGAUCUCUUUCAGGGCAGUUUGAAGGUGGCUUAGGUGGGAGAUCGAAGAACUUGUUGCUACAUAAAGAGGUUGCAGGUGAUCAGUCUGCAUCUCAGCCUCAGUGGAGAUCCUUUAACAGCAAAGCCGAGCGAGCAGGGAAGACGGAUUUUUCAUAUUCUGGGAGGGACUCAACAAAGGGGGAAAACCUUGAAGCACCAGCAACAGUGAAGAUGCAAAAACCAGUUAUUAGUGGGGCAGAACAGAUGAAGAAACUGGGGGAUGGGAAUGAUGAGAGUUCUGUUCCUUUCGGAAGCAGCAAACCAAUUAAUUUUGGUAAAAGGACCCCGGACUCUCAGGAAAGUAACCUUUCUGCACAAGCAUCAUCUAUUGAGCAAUUUCAAAGGGUACGACAAUCUAAAGGAAAUCAGGAGCUGAAUGAUGAGCUGAAAAUGAAGGCAAAUGAACUUGAAAAGCUUUUCGCAGAACAUAAGCUUCGUGUUCCUGGGGAUCAAUCGAACCCCAACAGGAGAAACAAGCCUGUAGAGAUACAGAUUGAACAACAGAUGGCGACUUCGAUUCAGAAAAGACCAGCAGCAGCAGCAGUGGAGAGUUCUCCUAUACAUUUUCAGAUCAAGAAAGUGGAGCUUGAAGCAGCUGGAAAUAGUGAUACACUAGAGUUCAACACUCCACCUACAAAAAUGUUAGAUCAGCCAGACUAUAGCAGCUCAUUGAGAAGGAAUUUCUCUGACCUCAGUUUUUCUGAUGAUUCUAGAGGAAAGUUCUAUGAAUCGUACAUGAAGAAGAGAGAUGCAAAACUGAGAGAAGAGUGGGGUACCAAAAGGGCAGAGAAGGAAGCUAAGUUGAAGGCCAUGCAUGAUAGCCUUGAUCGAAGUAGGGCCGAGAUGAAAUCUAAAUUUUCAGCAUCCGCUGAUAGGCAGGAUUCACGUGCUCGUCGACGUACUGAGAAGCUGAGAUCAUUCUCUGCUCAUUCAAGCGCUAAGAAACAACAGCUCCCUACCGACUUAAUCCAAAGUGAUGAGGAUGAAGAUCUCCCUGCCUAUUCAGAACAGCUUUAUGGGCAAGACAAAUCAUUUAAUGAGGCAGCAGGUCAGAACAAAAAGUUCACACCAAACCGGAAUGUGUCUUCAUCGACCCGGAUAGCUGCAGCAGCACCUGUUCCACGGUCAGCAGUGAAAAGUUCCAACCCGAGCUCUGGAAAGCGAAGAACACCAUCUGAAAAUCAUCUUGCCCAGUCAGUUCCAAACUUCUCAGAAUUCAGGAAGGAGAACACAAAGCCAUUUCUUGGAGCUGGCAAGACUACAAACCGCUCUCAGGUGAGAAACUCUCGCAGCAAGAGCAAUGGAGAAGAUGUACCACUAACAAAAGAAGAUAAUAAGUCACGACGUUCUCAGGCUUUGAGGAAAAGUACUGCCGGUCCUCCUGAGUUGAAGGAUUUGUCUCCUCUCACCACUGAUGCCACUAUUUUGGCCCCAUUGAAAUCUGAUAAAGAUCAGAUUGAGUCAAAGACUUUCUUGAAGAAGGGGAAUGGGAUAGGUCCAGGUGCUGGACCAGGUAUUGCAAAACUCCAAGCAUCAUCAGCUAUCUCCGAGACUUUGAGAAGUGAAGAUGAGUUUGAAGAUUCUGCUUUUGAAAUGGAGGAUGAUCCUGACGUUGCUAGGGAUGUAGCAGAAGAGGAGCUUGAGACAACUGAGGUGGAAGAAUGUGUGAAUGUUGAUAAUAAUGGUAAGUCAAGACUGAGUCAUGAAUCUGAGAAGAUGGUUAUGUCAGAAUCAGACAACAGUGAUCCUCAAAGAUCUCAGGUCGAUAUUUCCUCAGUUGCUGAAUUGCCUGCAUCCGUGCCUUCGGCAUUCGGUGCUGUAGAAGAUUCACCUGCAGAAAGCCCUGUUUCAUGGAACAUGCACCCAUUUUCUUAUCAACAUGAGACCUCAGAUGUUGAUGCUUUUGUGGAUUCUCCAAUGGGGAGCCCCACAUCAUGGAACUCUCACUCCCUGUCUCAAGCAGAAGCAGAUGCUGCUGCACGAAUGAGAAAGAAGUGGGGGAGUGCUCAGAAACCUGUUCUUGUUAGUUCAUCUAAUAACCACUCCCGAAAAGAUGUAACGAAAGGUUUCAAAAGGUUGAUAAAGUUCGGAAGGAAAAGCCGUGGGGAGACUUUGGCUGACUGGAUUUCUGCAACUACUUCUGAAGGAGAUGAUGAUACAGAAGAUGGGAGAGAUCCUGCUAGUCGGUCGUCGGAAGACUUGAGGAAGUCGAGGAUGGGAUUUUCACACAGCCAUCCUUCUGAUGACGGCUUUAAUGAAGGAGAAUUAUUCAAUGAGCAAGUUCAAGCCUUGCAUACCUCCAUUCCAGCACCUCCUGCCAACUUCAAAUUGAGGGAUGAUCAUGCUUCUGGAAGCGCAAUUAAAGCUCCACGAUCAUUCUUUUCUCUUUCAAACUUCCGUAGCAAGGGAGGGGACUCAAAGACACGUUAA